AACUGAAUCUCAGUUAAUCAUAUUGAAGACGACACUCCCGAUGCUGAUGGAAUAAAAUUUGAUUAUCUGCCUAAUUUGAAUGUAGAAUGUUGCCGGAGAGAUUAUGAUAGCUGGGCUUGAGAUGUCUGUAGUGCUAUGAAAGCAAGGCCUAUCUGAUUCUGAUUUUGAAGUCCUGAUGGCACUUGCUGCAAACAAGGUUUCAAAUGGUCCUAUCGUGACUUAUCGGACAAUUGGCUGUAGGUCACAUGAAAAACUUAAUUUCUUGAUGUCCACAAGGAACAACAGGGUACAACUUCCAAGAUAUGGAGUCCAACAUGGACAACUGAAUCAUAUAUGUCUCUUGGUAGAGGGAUCAACCUUAUCCAAUGAGAUUUUUGGGUGCAUGUGUAGAAAUCCUGUCAGCCUUAUCUCCAAGAGAUCUUUCUUGUGCAAAUCAUCAGGAUCAAAUAAUAUUGAGGAGAAAGAAUGCGUUACAACUUACAUGGAUGUUUCAGAUUUAACAAGUGUACGUACUAAAGAAGAGAAAGAUUACUACAGUAAUUCUGGUCGGGGCCUGGCUGAAGCUUGUAGAUUUGUUUGUAAUGAUGCAAAGUUUGUAAAUGAAAGGGCUCGUCACGACAUUGUCUUGCUCUCCCGUAGCAUAUUGAAAUUGGAAGCCCGUGCGCGCCAAGAUGUUGCUUUUCUUGGGACAGAAUUUCUUAAGCUUGAUGCUCGGGCUAGAGAGGAUACUGAGAGAAUUGAUCGUGAUGUCAAGAAAAGAGUUGAGCGCCUUAAUCGCAUAGCUUCUUUCUUGAAGGAUCAAGCCCAGUCGACAUUGAAAAGUGCUGCUGAUAAGCAUUGGAGUGAUGGAGCCUUGGAGGCUGAUCUGCGCCUUGCUGACUUCCGUGCUAAGCAACGUGCAAUGGAAGAUGCCCUUAUGGCCUUGGAGGUGAUACUAUAUGUUAUGCAAGUGGGGAAGAAAUUUACUUUCUAUCCUGUGAAUAUGCAGUUUGUCAAAAACAUCCAUGACAUGAUGGUGAGAAAGAUGUAUAAGUUUCCUUCAGGCAGAGAUAAAGGCUCUUUGUCAGAAAAUGGUUUAAGAGGACGUAUAAGGCUGGAGAAGAAUGGAAAAACCAUUGAUUUCUUUCCCGGGGAUGUGUCUACUGACCGAAUUAUGGCUCUUCAGGAAGCUUACUGGAGUAUGGCCUCAGCACUCUCUGAAGCUGAUGGAAUUGAUUACACUGAUCCCGAAGAGCUUGAGUUGUUGAUUACAACUCUUAUCGACCUUGAUGCAAUGGAUGGUAAACAAAGUGUAUCUCUGUUGGCAGAGUGUUCCAGUUCUCCUGAUGUCAGUACUAGACAAGCAUUAGCCAAUGCACUGGCAGCAGCACCAUCCAUGUGGACUCUCGGAAAUGCAGGGAUGGGAGCAUUACAGAGACUUGCAGAAGAUACCAAUCUAGCCAUUGCUGCUGCGGCAUCCAAAGCUAUUUAUGAACUUAAAAAACAAUGGGAAAUAGAGGAGGGAGAUAGCUGGACCUUUGUGGUGAACGAAAAUACGUUGCAUGAAAAAGAAAGCGGGAAAUUUGACAAUGAAGGGGAAAAUGACAAAAAUUGAAGAUCAACUAAAUAUUUGUAUUGGACGGUUUAGAGUUCUAACUAUUAUAGAAUCAACUCAGAUCCGCUCUAGGAAGUGAAUAUUGCUGGUGUGAUGAUGCCAUUUUAGUUGUGCAGAAGUUGAGCUGGUUGUUGCGCUUUACUGCCGUAUCAUCAAUAACAUGUAUGAAGACACCUUGAGUGCGGCACAACUGGGGCUAAGAAGUUCUAAAAUCUCAUUCCUUAGAAGUUAAAACACAAUAUAUUCAGUUUGUCCACUGAAGAAAAGUAUAUUCAUGUAAUAUAUUUUCUUCUUUUAUUGUUGGUUGAUCUGAAAAUUAUAGACAAAAUGACCGUCACCUAUGCAGUCAUGGAAUACUAAUGGUUUCUCUACUUUUACGGUUCUCUUUUAU